AUGACGGCGACAACGAGAAACGGGGUAUCCCCUUUCUUGGACCCGGGUCCGCACACGAAAGCCAACUCGCUCGCGAUCCUCCAGCUGUCGCGCGACAACCUUUUGCCCGUCUACCUCAAACCACUAACGGGAGAGCACGAUGGCUACGCCGAGGGCGCCGUUGUCAACACCCGUUAUGGCUCGUUCCCCCACUCGACGAUGUUGAAUGUCCCCUGGGGUUCUCAGAUCCGAGCUUCCAAGGUUGACACAGGAUCGAGGGGCCGCAAGAGGAAGCGCGAAGACGGCGACGAUGCCUUUCGGGAAGCCACAGGCGCCAGCGAAAAGGACAACGAAGACUUGGCCACCGCUGUAACGGGAGACAGCGCUGCAGCCGUUAAGCAAGCUGUGGCCGACACGAGCGGCUUCAUCCACGUCCUACCACCGACUCCCGAGCUCUGGACCACCAGUCUGCCCCACCGGACUCAAGUUGUCUACACGCCCGACUACAGCUACAUCCUGCACAGGAUACGGGCCCGGCCUGGCUCAGUAUUGAUUGAGGCGGGCGCCGGCAGUGGGAGUUUCACCCAUGCGGCGGUCCGGGCAGUCUACAAUGGGUACCCGGCCGAAGGAGAGCGCAAGGGCAAGGUCUUUAGCUUUGAGUUCCACGAGCAGCGCUAUCACAAGAUGAAGCAGGAGCUGUCCGACCACGGUUUGGAUGAACUCGUGCAGCUGACGCACCGUGAUGUUUACAAUGGUGGAUUCGCAGUUGAUGGGAAAAGUCCCGAGGCAGAUGCCGUCUUCCUCGACCUCCCUGCGCCCUGGGAAGCCCUGCCGCAUCUGUCGCGGCGGAGGCCCGCUUCGUCCCACGUAAAUGGGAGCGCUACCGGAAACGAACAGACCGACUGGGUGUCUCCGCUCAACCCGAACAAGAGCGUCUACCUGUGCACCUUCUCGCCAUGCAUCGAGCAAGUCACCCGGACCGUGUCGGCCAUGCGUCGGCUCGGGUGGGUAGACAUCGAUAUGGUCGAGAUUGCCAACCGGAAGUUGCAUACCUCUCGGGAGCGCGUCGGCUUGAACCUCAACUUUGACCGCGGUGUCAACAACUCGGCGCACGAUGUCGAGGAGGCAAUCACCAGGCUGGCCGAGAUAGAGGCACGCUUCCGCGAACACGCAGCAAAACCCCGGGAUGGCGAUGAGGAGAUGGACUCGGCCGAUGAGGCUGCCGAACCUGCCGGACAGAACAGUGCAGCAACCAAUGGGGGUACUCCAGCCGAAGCGACAUCCGGAACGGCGCCGUGGAUGGAAGGGCGGCUCAUUACGCGUGGCGAACCCGAGAUCAAGACGCAUACGUCGUACCUAGUCUUUGCCGUCCUGCCCAGGGAGUGGACAGAGGAGGACGAGGCCGCGGCCGCGGUUAAGUUCCCUGUUGGCAAGGAGCAGAAGGUAAUUGGUGCUAUGGACAGGGCAGCGAGGAAGCAAGAGAGGCGGGAGCAGUUGCAGCAGCAGCAGCAAGGGGCCAGUAGCAGGAAGGCACGAAGAAAAGAGAGGGACGAGAAGAUGGCAGAGGUGUCUGGCUGA